AAAAAGAAAGUAUUUUGUUAGGAUUUUUUAUUUUCAGAGAGAUCUGCUGGCAACAGACUCUCUGCUACGUGGGACUGAGGGGAGAGAAGCAGCCCUACUCACUGAAGAUAGGUCCUGCUUCUUAGGCUACUGGACACCAUUAGCUCCAGAGGGAUCGUACACAGGAACGCACCCUUGGUCGUCCGAUCCCGGAGCCGCGCCCCCGUCCCCCUCGCAGAGCCAGAAGACAGAAGCCGGCGUGAGAAGCAAGAAGACUUCGAAAUCGGCGGCAGAAGACUCCAGUCUUCAUAUGAGAUCUUGAAGAACCAACAAGAGUGUAAAAUGUUGGCUCCUAACAGCCCUGUUUGUGAUGAAAACAAAGUUCCAGUGGUGCAAAAAGUACAUCGGAAAUCUGUUGGACGGACUCCACUGAAGGUUCUCACAGGUCAGCAUCUUGCUGUACCUGAUCCAAAUAGUUUGAUAAAUAAAAGAUCAACUCUGACUAAAACAACCAGGGACCCAGUUUUAACGAACAAGGACACUAUCCGUGUUGGUACUGGCAAACCUAUCAAUGUUUGGAUUGACACUUGCCAUAAUAAUAAUUUGCCAGAAAGCUCUGAUACUGAGACCAAUUCUUCAAGAAAUCUACUGCCAUGUUCUCUGAUUACAGCUAAAGAAUUGAUCCUGGAAGAGACACGUUGUUCCCUUACAAACAAUGACCAGUCUAGUCAGUCAUGUGCCGAUAUAUUGCAAUCACACCCCAUAUCUUCAGUUGAGGAACAGUGUUAUGAGACUGAAAACUUUCAUAGCCUUCAAGAAGAACACAACACAUUGCCCAACUUACCACCUGAUAUUGUAGCUAAUGCAUUUACAGAGAAGCCGGAACAUCCUACUUUGGAAGAUGUUUGCCAAAGGGCAGCCGAUCUGUCAAACCUGUUACCAUUGACAAAUUCUGAUGCGUUACUACACACAAUGGCUGGAAGUUCUCUCAAGCUCUGUACUCUUCCUGAAGCAUCCUCCAUUAAUUAUGUAAACAUUAAUUUAGCAGUGAAUAAUAAUGGCACAGGGAAUGUUUCAAACAGUGAUUUGGAUUUCUGUAAAACUGAAAGUGUAUCUAUCUCAGAAAAAGAGGAUCUAUUACAGUAUAAAACGAUAACUGAGGACUGUGAAGUUUUGGAUGAAGCAGAACCUAACAUUGUAUGUACAAAUGACACGUAUGUAAAAGAUCCUUACAUUGAUGGUGCAUUUGAACAAAGCUUUGCAACAGCAUUGCCAGAUAUGCUUUCAGACCUAACAUUCAAAAUUGAAAAAUGUAAAAUUUUUGCAAAAGAGGAUGAAGAAUGCUACCAGCAUGUGUUAGCAGAAGAUACUGAUCCUGUUGUGAGUGGUCUUCCUAUUGAGAAGUUAUCCUCCACUUUGCAAGACACUUUUGUGGAUGACCUAAAACCAGGUAAACUAAUCGAUGCGUCUGCAGGGAUGGGUGAGAAUCCUCACAUUAUCAUUGGCCCUGUAGUUCCUGAUGAGGCAACAGAGUCUCUUCUGCCUGGCUUAAGCAGUUUUUGUUUGCCUGACGAUGACCAUUUGACUGGAUUAUUACCGAUAGAUCAUGAAAUGUUUUCACACAAUACAGAGGAAUGCACAAGAAACAAUAAUCUGAACAUGCUACAGGAUGUAAAUAAAGACUUUGAAGGAUCUAUUAAAGUUACUCCAGGAUGUAUAGUGACUGCACCUGGAGACUGUGUUGAAUCACAGUCAACUUGGCUCACUCCCAUUUCUAAUAUACAUCAGACAUGUCAAUCUAAUCAGUCUUCUGGGCCACAAAAGAGCACAGAAGAUGUCUCCUCACCUGCUUAUGAUUGCCCCACUCCUGUUAUAUCAACUCAGUCAAGGUUUCAUGAUAUCCCUUUGUUUAGCAGGAGUGUGUUUAAAAAAGUGACUCCUAGGAUGUUAGCCUCUCCAUGUGAAUCUGGGACGUCUAUGACCCCUAUAUUAACCUCUGAUGGGGUCACAUGGACAACACCUAUAAUGCUUCUGAACAGAAGUAUGAACACUUCAUUGGACACUGUAUGUAGUGCAGAGAGAAGCGCAAAAGAUAAUGCCUCUGAGACGGAUGCCUUGCUAUGGAACUUUACCAGGGAGACACUAUGUAACGCUUCUCGUGAAGAGCUGAUGGAUCGAUUGGAAGGCUCUUUAAUUAUAGUGGAAGUACUUUCACGCGAGCUCCAAGGUUGGCAACAAGCUAAGGUCUCCUCAAAACCAUCGGAACAGAGAGAGUGUGCUACACAAACAUGUGUCACCUAUUGCACUGCGGAGGAACAGCAUUACCAUAAUCUCUACUUGAAAACCUUGAGUAAACUUCAGUCGCUACAGCACUGGCAGGAGGAAGAGAAGCAUUUACAGCACAUUCUUAAGGAAGUUACAGAGAACUUGGUAUCUUACAACAGUGAAGCUGCAUCUAUGAUUGACUUUGCUGAGAACCUGUACGAGAGUACUCAAAAGGACAGAGGUGAUCUAAACCAAAACGUGAGCUGUGCUCGCACCCUUCUAGAAGAGCAUUUGCUAACUCUGGCUAAAGCGAACCAGAAGGUGCAAGACUGUCUACUUCAGAGGGAUGAAAUGAGAGCACGUAUGGAAGAUGCUAAUUGUGCCAAGGAAGCGGCAAAUCAAUGUUUGGAGGAUCUCGAGAUCCACUCUUCAGCCAUUAUUGCUGAGCUACGCCGGGAUCUGGAAUCGGAGACACAAUUUUGUAAUGCUGUCAAGGAGGCUUAUAAACAACAGCUUUCGUACAAUGAAGAAUUGGUGGGAUUUGUUGACACUGCUCAGUCUGUUUGUACUGAAAUGGAUGACGACCGAACCCAGUUGCUGAGUCAGUGCUCUGAGGCCAGGUUGUUGAUGUCUCAACACUGGCGUCUGUUUGAGAUUAUGAAGAAAAAGACGCAAACAGCGCUUGAGGAAUAUGAAGAAAUUAAGAAUGAACGAGACAUGGCAAUUCUGGAAAAUGAUGAGGUGUUCAGACAUUUGAAAAAUGAGAAGUCUCAGAAUGAACAAGUGAUACUGGAGAAUUCUCGUCUUGGCUCAGAGCUUGAAACACUAAUGGGAUUUAUGUGUAAACUGGAGUCUGAAAUUGAACAGCUGAGAGAUAGAAACUCUGAACUAGUGGAACAGUCAUCUGCUAAAGAUUCUUCUCUGAAACUACUUGAGAAAGAACUAAACGAGGCAACUGUUCGAGGACAAGAAUAUCAAGAUCGCAUCAAAUUUCUCUCUGCAGAGAUUUUGCCCAGCUUGGAGCGGAAUUUAUCAGAAGCUUUAAGCCAAAAGAAAGACCUGCAGACACAGCUCAAGGUGCUGAAAAAAGAAAAUGCUUCUCAAAUAGCAUACUAUACAGAAACCCUCGAGUUUCUUGAACGGGAAAAUGGUGUAUGUCGGGAGCAAGUUUCCGAGACUGAAUCCCAGCUGAAAACACAUCAUCUUACAUUGCUGGAACGAAACUUUCAGUGUGAAAAUUUGAAGGACACUGUCAAAGAACUACAGACAGAAGUAAAUGAGCUGCAUGAAAAGUUGUCUAACACAAAGGAUGACGCUCAGAACAUGGUCACCAAAAUGUCCAAAGAAAUCUCAGAUUCGUCCGAAGUGGUGUCAAAAAUCAGAUCACAUCUUCUGGAGCAUAUAGAAAAUCGGAGAGAAUCCGCAAAUGGAGAGACUAAAGCAGUUUUAUUUGGUCCACAUACACCUGGUGGGAGUCUUGUCCUUCAUAAUAAUUUCCAUGAGGAACACAUGAAUGCUACUAAUUUGAAUGCAACAGAUUCUGAAGACCAAACAGCGGAAGGCAUUUGGAGUAAAACAAGUGCAUUUACUGUAGUACUCCCAGUGGCCUCACCAUCUCCAGGUACGCCUCAGGUGAACUUGGAAGAUUUAUUACAUGAACUGAGCAAUACGGUCACAGAAGUCAUCACCAAUUCAUCAUAUGCAAUAGACGCAAACCAGAAAAUCAUUGAGGAGUUUAAGAAAGAAAGUGCAUGCAUGAAAAAAGAACUACAAAAUGAAAAAUUCCGACAUACAUCUGACAUACGUAACAUGCAGUUAGAGCUUGACGAGCUGAGGAGGAGAAAUUGCAUUUUGGAUGAGAAAGUGAAUAGCAAAGAAAAGUGCAUCACCCAGCUUCAGGAGGUCAUAACUCAACAGGAACAGAAGAUAUUGCAGCAAUUUAGUAAGGCGAAAGCAAGUGAGGCGCUUAUUGAGGAGAAUGAAAAGUUACAGCUGUCACUGAAAUUAUGUGAAAAUGAGGUGCAGGUACUGAAAGCGGAGCUAGCACAGAGCCCAGCUGACGCUGCAAGAAACUGGAUUCAGGAGAAACUUCUGCUACACAAGGAGUUGGCGACACUGAAACUAAAACUUGUUGACACUGAUUGUGCAAAGUCUGAAACAGUCCAGCGACUAAUGAGACAUAUUGAUAUUCUGACAACAAAUCUCCAUCACUCAGAGGCAGAAGUGCAUAAACUAGAUAACAUCAUUGAGAAAAUACGAAUGGCGCUCCGCUCUGUACCAGACGUAACCAGCAGUGACAUACUGAAACAGUUGGUGGAAUUCCUCAACUAGACCCUCAUUACAGCGUUCAAUACUUCAAGAAAGUUUCAGCAUGCUGCACUGGUAUAUGAAUUUUACCAAGGUUAUAUAUUUAUUAUAUGAAAUUAUUACAUACUUGUAAAUACUUAAUGUUCUGAAUUUUAAACACUUCAAAAGUGUGUCUGUAAAAUCUUGUAACUUGAGGCAUCUCUUAUGGAGGGAGAUAUGUUGAAAUGAAAAUAAAGGUUUAAUGUAUAUAAAAACA